AGAAAAUCACACUCCCUACCCUAUUCACACCUGACCAUGAACACGAAUUCAUCAUUAGAUACAGAUUUAGUGAGAGAGAAGAGAAAUUACAGAGUAUUUUGUGAUAUGGGUGGAGAGAAAUUUCUAUGUUCAUCAGCUUCUUCUUCAUUUAAACUAUUCCUCUUUGUUGUUCCAUUGAUUCUUAUAUCUGGGUUUGUUGGUUCAAGGACCAAUUUGCUAUUUACUUCAAGUUAUAAUUAUUAUCCAUGGAUAUCAAGCUCUGUGUCUAUUUCCCCUGCUUUAUCACCUUCUUCAACAGAUAAUGGAUCAAGUAAUUUUGAUUGGAAUUCAACCCUUGUCAGCAUAACAUCGCCGCCGCCGUCACCGACAUCGCCGCCGCCGCCGCUUUCUGUGGAAGAAAUGACAGGAGCACCACCGCCAGUGGAGAAUUUCAGUAACAAUCUGUCAAAUGUUGCUCCAUCCCCCGUGAUUUCGGAUUCAUCGCGAAAAUGGAGUGAAAUUGAGUUGAUUGAAGCUGGCCUUGCCCGAGUUCGGUCUUCGGUAAUGGAAGCUAAGAACAGCAGUUAUAAAAAUGUUCAAGAUCCAGAUUUUAUUCCUAAAGGUCCUAUGUAUUGGAAUGCUAAUGCUUUUCUAAAGAGCUAUCAAGAAAUGGAGAAACAAUUCAAGAUAUUUGUAUAUGAAGAAGGACAAAUCCCAAUAUUUCAUAAUGGUCCUUGUGGAAGUAUAUAUGCAAUGGAAGGUAAUUUCAUCAAUAACAUGGAAGUUAGCAAGUUUAGGACAAGAAAUCCCGAGAAAGCUCAAGCCUUUUUCCUUCCGUUUAGCGUCGCUUCAAUUGUUCACUUUGUUUACGAGCCCAAUUCGCAUAAUUGGGCUCCUUUAAAGCGGUUAGUCAAGGAUUAUGGUCAUUUUAUCGCCACAAAGCAUCCACAUUGGAACCGUAGUCGUGGGGCUGAUCACUUCAUGCUCGCUUGCCAUGAUUGGGGACCCGAGCUUUCGAAAUCCUACCCGGGCAUGUUUGAGAAUUCAAUUCGUGCGUUAUGCAAUGCUAAUACAUCGGAAGGGUUCAAACCGAUUAAAGAUGUGUCUAUUCCGGAAAUCAAUCUUCCGGGUGGCAAGAUUGAUCGUUUGCUCGGUGGUCCAUCUCCAUCCAAACGUCCAAUACUAGUUUUCUUUGCAGGCGGGGUCCAUGGACCGGUUAGACCGAUUCUUCUAGAGCAUUGGGAGAAUAAAGACCCCGAUGUACAAGUCUAUCGUUACCUUAAAAAGGGUAUUUCUUAUCACGACAUGUUAAGAAAGAGUAGAUUUUGUAUUUGCGCUAGCGGAUACGAGGUAGCAAGUCCGAGGAUGGUUGAGGCGCUCUACACGGGUUGUGUCCCUGUAAUUAUUAAGGAUAAUUAUGUUGCUCCAUUUAGCGAUGUUUUGAAUUGGAAUGCAUUCUCGGUUGAGAUCCCGGUGAAGGACAUACCAAACUUGAAGAAUAUUUUGAUGGGGAUAUCUCAAAGACGAUACAUAAGACUUCAAACAAGGGGAGUACAAGUGAGAAGACAUUUCAUUGUAAACGUGCCUCCUAAAAGAUUCGAUGUCUUUCACAUGACACUUCACUCGAUCUGGCUAAGAAGACUUAAUGUUCGAGUUCAAGACAUGUGAUCUUUGGUCUUGACCGAUUGAGGCUAAACCUAAAACAAUGCACUAAUUUGUUCAUAGGGAAGAUAAGAACAUAAUUAGAAAAGAGCAAAAUGUGCUUUUUGUUGCUUAAUAGUGUUUGUUUUCUCUUUGUAAGUGCUGAAUAUUUUUGUCCCCUUCCAUGUAAUUGUAAUUUUUUUUAGCAAGUUAAGCUAAUAAUGUUAGAUUUACUUAAUAUAU